AUGGUCCAUGAGGAGGCCUUCGAUCUGGCUUUGGCAGUGCAACGCCGUCUGGAGGUGGAGCCCACUUCCCUGGCCCACAUCAUGGUGGAGCCGGGUGGUGGCCUGAGGUUCUUCACCAAGGAGCACGUCCUGGCGCAAGCGGCCAGGGGCAAGGUUCUCUGCAAGGGCUGCGGCUUCUUCUUCGGGGAGGGCAAUCCCAUGCGCACGCAUGUGCAGAAUGCGACCGACACGCGGUGCUUCAGCGUGGAGGCCACGGAGUACUACCUCCGCCCCUGCCAAGAUGAGACCUCGCCUUCUGCUCCGUCCUGUGCAGCAAAGAAGCCGGAAUCCUCCUCCAUCGAUCCGGGGCUCGAUGCUGCACAGAGGGGCGACCUGCUGGCACUGCAAGCCCUCGUCGAGAGGGGCUGGGAUGCCAACAAGGCUACGGACCACCGGGGAAAUGGAGCCUUGCAUUGGGCCGCCGGAGGGGGGCACGUGGAGGUGUGCGAGUACCUCCUGCGAGAGCUUGGGAUGGAUGCCCGAGGGCGCACCUCGAAGCACCAUGGCCGCACGGCACUCCACUGGGCGGCGAGGAACGGCCACACGGCGGUCUGCGAACUGCUGCUGCACCUCAACCGCACAACUUUUGGCUCCUCCAGGGUCGACACGCAUAGUGGCACAGUGAUACAGUGA